AUGUCCGACAUUCAAAUGUUCAACAGCGACAAGCGCCUGCAGACCCAGGUCACAGAGGUUGCAGACGCAACUAUUACAAUAAGGUCACUCGACUGGGACAGAGAUCGCUUUGAUAUUGAAUUUGGGUUGGAGAAGGGCACCACAUACAAUUCUUUCCUGAUCUUUGGCGAGAAGACAGCUUUGGUGGAUGCAUCUCAUGAGAAGUUCCGUGGCCUCUACAUGGACACCCUCAAGGAGCAGCUCAAAGCCGCGGGCCGCAGCCUGGACUAUAUCAUGGUCUCACACACAGAGCCAGACCACAGCGGGCUAAUUCCAGACGUGCUGGAUACAUUUCCGGACGCAGUCGUGGCGGGGUCCAAGGUGGCACUGGCAUACCUGAAAAACCUCACCCACCGCCCCUUCAAGGAGCAGGCGGUCAAGGGAGGCGACAAAAUCGACCUGGGAAACGGCCACGUCAUCGAGUUUGUCAUGGCGCCCAACCUGCACUGGCCGGACACCAUGUUCUCCUUCGAUCACGCCACAGGCGUGAUGUACACGUGCGACGCGUUUGGCGCGCACUACUGCCAGGACGACCCCUUUGACAGCGCGCUGCAGCCGCUGUCGCCGCACUUCCGCUUCUACUACGACUGCCUCAUGCGGCCCAACGCGCGCUCCGUGCUAACCGCGCUGCGCAAGACCCAGGACCUGCCCUACACCACCAUCGCCACCGGCCACGGCCCCAUCCUGCGCUACAACAUGCAGGAGCUCGUCGGCAGGUACAAGCACUGGAGCGAGGGGGUGGAGAAGGCGACUGCGCGGGUGGCGGUGCUGUACGCGAGCGACUAUGGCUUCAGCGACAGGCUGUCUCAGACUCUCGCCCGCGGCAUCACCAAGGUCGAUGUCGCUGUCGAGAUGCUGGACAUCCUCUCGGCUGACCCUCAGGAACUGGUGGAGGUUGUGGGGCGGUGCUCUGGAGUGGUGCUGAUGGCUCCCCCAGACGACUCAGCCGAGGCCCGCGCCACCAUUGCCACGCUCCUCUCCACCCUCAAAUCCAAGCAGAAGGUGGUGAUUGCGGAGAGUUAUGGCGGCCGGGAUGAGCCGGUGGACACUCUGGUGGGCAGCCUGGUCGAUAUCAACGCCACGCCAAUCUUUGACCCCCUCCGUGUCAAGGCCGUCCCCACCGAAGGCACCUAUCAGGAGUUUGAGCAGACGGGGACGCGGCUGGCGCAGGCGCUGACGCAGAAGGACAGCAUCGCGCGCAAGAAGGCCGCCAUGAGCAAUGACGUCGCCAAAGCGCUCGCGCGGCUCAGCUCCGGCCUCUACAUUGUCACCGCUGCCCACCGCGGCGGCGCGCGCGGCGCCAUGGUCGCCUCCUGGGUCGCCCAGGCGAGCUUUGAGCCGCUGGGGCUGACGGUGGCGGUGGCGAAGGACCGCGCCAUUGAGAGCCUGAUGCAGGUCGGCGACACCUUUGUGCUCAACUGCCUGGGCGAGGGCCAGUACGGGCCCCUCAUGAAGCAUUUCCUGCAGCGCUUCCCUCCAGGAGCAGACAGGUUUGCAGGGGUGGAUUCCUUCGAGGCAGCCAACGGAUCACCGGCGCUGUCGGACGCCGUCGCGUACAUCGAGUGCCAGGUCAAGUCGCGCAUGGAGACAGCCGAUCACUGGAUCACCUACGCGGAGGUGACUAACGGCGACGUCACCAACCCCGACAGCAAAACUGCUGUGCACAGGCGCAAGGUCGCCAAUUACUACUGA